UCAGCCUAAAAUCAAAUCUGUGGGGGGUUUGUAGGAUUGUAUAUCAUAAGACCAUAGCAUGCAUAUACAGUAUAGUAUGAUCGGUCUUAUGGCAGUGUAAGACCUUACUUAUUACUCGUUCAUCGGAAUUACCUAGGAAUUAGCUGGAAAUUACGCCGGAAACCAGGUACCUGGAUAUCUCGACUCGAGCCUGUCGCAAAAAGGCUCUCUUUCUCUCUCCCCACCUGAGCCGCAGAAAGCGGAAGCUUGGAUGGACUUUCUCUCAUUAUGUUCCUACAUUCGGGAGCCAGCCUACAUGGCCAUGAGUAUUCAAAUCGGCCGGCCCCUCAGCCUGGUCAACGACGAAAUCCCCUCUUGCGAUCUGCCUUUACAGCACCUAUAAAACGUUCUUCCUCAUAUCACCCUAGCACAUCACCUUCGCUCGAUGGACCUAGUUCGCCUAAUUUACCGCGACCUCGUCCUAUUUCAGAAUAUAUACCUAAGACCCCUGAAGCUACUGUUCGAUUCGAUGAACCCCAAAGCGAUUCCACGACAGCCAGGCCAGAAGCAAUGAGCGAAGAUGAAGGCUCACUUAUAUCCGAUAGUGACGCGAGCCGUGUCUCGUCUUCGGCUCGUCGUAACCGGAGAAGAGCCAUCCGGAAAAGCACUACCUUUCUUCUCGCUCAUCCACCUCCGAAGAUACGCAGCAAGCAGCGCCUAAUACAUAUACGGCCCAGGCUGCUACUUCAGAUGCAGCAAUUGGCAGCUAACAGGCGCCCAAGACCAGUUAUUGAUGUAUUUCCGUCCGUUGCUGUAGCUGGGCCUUUGAUUGUACCCUUACUGAAGCGCUUCCCUCUCAUUGCUCGCAUAAAGCGGGAGCUGGGUAUUCAAGAUAUUAUGCUGGUCAAGAGCGAAGAUUACGAUGCGCAUGCUUCGGGACUGGACAGUGACGGCGAUGACGACGACCUUAAAUCUCGCGAACUCUUAGCAAUACUAAGUCCGUUUUUGACAGAAGACAAAGCCGAGAUUGUAUUAGCCGACGGAACGGUCUGGACCGCAACACCAAGGUUCAACGGUGCCGGUUCCUGCUCCUACGAAUUUGUCACGGUUGAUUCAAACGGAAACACUACGACAGCUAGAUGGGUUCGCAAGCAGAUAGCGACUAAAUCUCUGCCGAUCACGCCAACGUCGCCGGGCUUUACACCUACAACGCCCGUGCCAGACUACAAAUUUACCUUUAGCAUAAUCGACCCUAAGAGCCGACGUCAUCCCAUCAUGGCCACGCUUACAAACUCCUCACUCGACAUACUAGACUCUUAUACAACCGUCUCACAGUCCGCUGGUUAUUAUCCUCCGACUUCUCCCAAUUUAUCUACUCCUGCUUCUCCCACCAGUGGAGAGAACGCCUCGGAACGAACAACUCAGCGAGUUGAAGACUGGCAGAAAAACUUCAUUACCAUAUCAGCUAUAUGGGUCAUACUUCGUCACGGGUGGUCGCCUAACUGGAAACCUACGGAUUUCGGGACCGUUACACCAUUAUCUCCCACUACCCCAGUAGCCACAUGCACACCGAUCCGAAGUAGGUCCGUAAGCGUAAACUCGGAGACGGCAUCAAAACCCAGUGCCCCCGCCACCGGUAGUAGACGAAAACUUGCAGGCGCCUUACGGAUGGGGGACCAACUAACACCGAAUGUGUUACCUAGGAGGGCGACAUCUACUGGAGCUAGCUUCGCACAAAAGUUCAAUAUCGAAACAAGAGACCGAGCCAGGAGUAGUCCUAGACAGGAAUCAAAGAACAAGCGGGCGUUCAGCGGCGAAUGGGAUGUAGGCCUCUCGAAUCGGAGCCAGGCGAGUUCGUUAGCAGCCGUACUAGAUUUGCCGUCUUCUCUCACUCCACUUGACCUUGCUCCACAAAGCAACUCAGCAUCAUCAGCGUCAUCUCCUUUAUCUGCCAGACAGCAGGUUAUCUCGGAAUCUUAUGCAACCGACCCCUUGUCCCUUAAGCCCCUUGAAAUAGAAUUUAGCGAAAACUCCAGCCUUCGUUGUAAAUCAUCGAUUCGGAAUAUCGUACGGGAGAACUAUAGGGAUGACCGGUAUGACCACGACCGAAAAGCGAAGCAUCAGAAAUGGAAAAAUAUGUCAAACUGGUUUCGAAAGCUACAUGGGCGGUAGGGCUGCCAGCCAUGUUGUUAACGAGUCCCUAUCAAAAGUAGGAGACGUGUC